UACGAUACAAGUAAAUUAUGUAUUUUUCUAUGGACUGCCGACUUUCCUGACAGAUACGAAUUUAUACCUAUGGAAUGUGAUUGCGAUAUCCGUGGAGGAAUUUGUCAAGGGAAAAACAAUAAUGAAUUCGUCAAAUUAGAAGAAUAUGGCACAUGGAGGAAAUCACUUGAUAGAUGCAAAGAAAAUGACUCUUACCUGUAUGGAAACAUUUCUACUAUAACAGAAGCCAAAGAAAUGAUUGAUAGAUCUACAUUCAAAGAGAAAACCAGCCUCUGGCUUUGGAUUGGUGUAGCAAGACAAAUUUAUCUAUCAUCCGACACAGGAAUAUCUAUCGACACCAAGUCGGUAAUUCAAUGUAAGAAGUGUCACGGGUCACAUUGUCAUUUGACGUCUAACUGUGACAAUCAGAAGGAAAAACUAUUGGCAGUAUGUAGCAGUAAUCAAAGUGAACCAAAACCCACCAAAAAAGAUACCAAGAAUUACACCAUAGUAAUUAUCCUUCCUCUAAUCGGAUGUUUUAUUGUCAUAAGCUUGGUGACGUUAGCAGUAUGCUACAUCAGGCGAAGAAAAGGGAUGAUAGCAGGGAAAGACAGCGCCAGUACCAGUAAUGCGUCACAAUAUACACGUAGUCCUAAAAGCGUUCACAGUCUAAAGGCAAUUAUCACCAGCAAACUUAGCUUUUGGAAUGACACAUCGAACUGUCAAGAUAAUUUCUCAGAUGUGUCGUCUGUUGUAACAGUCGUAAAUUUGUUCAAAAAUAGAUCUUAUUGAAAGGGAAUGUGAAUAAUCGUUACUAUGAUUCGUUUAUAACAUUUACCGAUGAUUGCAUGCUUAUGGAUAGACUUUUCAAAUUGUAUUCUUGUUGUAGAUUGAUAAUAUCAAUCACAUUCGGUCAAAUA